AUGACGGGUUUCUCACGCGCAAAGGAGGACAGGCCGACGCCGCCUGAAGUCUAUAACUGGAGAGUCUAUAUGGCCUCUUUGGUGGUUUCUAUGGGGGUGUUGGCGUACGGCUACGAUUCGGCCUUUAUUGGCACGACCAUCACGCAGAAGAGCUUCAUGCGUGAUUUUGGCCUUGAUGUUAUGACCAAAUCGCAGCAGAAUGAAGUGUCAAGCAAUUUGACCAGUAUAUACUCUGCAGGAGGUUUCUUCGGUGCCUUAUUCAUGUUCUUUUCUCUCGAACUCCUCGGUCGAAGAAUGACCGUCAUCCUAUCCGAUGCUAUCUUCAUCGUUGGAGCAAUUCUUUGCACCGUUCCCACCCAUCAACUCGGCAUGAUCUACGCAGGACGACUUUUGACUGGCCUCGGUGUCGGUGGAAUUGCAGCCGUGUCACCCAUUUAUAUUUCCGAGAUUGCUCCGCCUGCCAUUCGUGGUCGCCUUACCGGAUUCUUUGAGUCUUUCUAUCAGGUUGGCGCUGUCAUUGGAUUUUGGAUCAAUUAUGGCAUCACCCACAAUGUCGACACAACUGAUUCCAUUGCAUGGAGAGUUCCAAUGGCUGUUCAACUCAUCCCCGCCGGUCUCCUCGCCCUGAUGAUCCCAGUCCUCAAGGAAUCUCCCACAUGGCUCAUCAAGCAAAAUCGGGAGGAAGAAGCCUGCAAAGUCUACGGUUACCUCCGUAACCUUCCCGUUGACCACCAAUAUAUCGCCGAGGAUGUAGCUUUCGUCAAGAAGCAGAUCGAAACUGAACGCAGCAUAAUUUCAGGUGGCAAGCCAAACUUCUCUUCAUUCUUGAAAGACGCAACCAAGGAAGCAUUGUCCAAGGGAAUGUGGAAUCGCUUCGCCCUCGUGUUUAUCAUGUUCAUGUGGCAAGCCUGGUCCGGCGCUGCGGCCAUCAACUACUACUCACCCACAAUCUUCAAGUCAAUCGGUCUCACCGAUGUCACUCUCUGGACUGGAAUCUACGGCAUAAUCAAAGCAGCCGGCUCCAUCAUCUUCUAUACUUUCUUCAUCGACUCAUUCGGCCGCAAAUGGCCCUGGAUCAUUUCCUCCAUUAGUUGUGCACUCUGCCAAUACUAUCUUGCCGCCUACAUCGCCAUCGGCGCCCCAAAAGCCGGAGUCGUGCAGUCACCCUCCACAGUCGCCGGCGGCAAGGCCGCAACUGCCUUCAUUAUGAUCUUCGGAGCAGCAUGGAGUUUCGGCGCCAAUGGUCUUCCUUGGAUUAUCUCGGCUGAAAUCUUCCCCAGCUCGCUACGAUCCAUCUCGGGACCUUUCGCCGGCAUGAGUGUGUGGCUAUGGACAUUUAUUGUUACCAAGGCCCUCCCUGAAAUGUUCACCGCCAUGGGAUACGGAGUGUACAUUUUCUUCGCGACGUGUCUCUUGGCCGCCAGUGUGUACGCGUUCUUCUUCAUCCAUGAGACGAAGGGAUUGCGCGUGGAUCAAAUGGAUGAGCUAUUCGGUUAUAAGAAGGAGGUGCCACCCUCGUCGUUCGCCGCAGGAGAGAAAGAGCAAGAUUUGACAUCGGUAUCUGAGGAGGAUAAACAGAGGGAUACGAAGUUUAAUUCCCACCAUGAUGAGUCUGUUUAA